AUGUACGACAAUCAUCACAAUCACCACAAUCACCACAAUCUUCAACCCCUACAACACGGCCCACCGCCGGACCUAUCCGUCAGUCACACCAUUGGGAGCCAACCGUUACUGUCAUCGACACAGACAUAUACGAACACAUCUCAAAUGAAUCCGUAUUACAAUACCAGUAAUCUCUUAAGAUUUGGAUCCGUCUCACAACUCGAUAGGAAUGCGGCGCUAUUCCCGUACCAGAACUAUAUGGGCGUCGGUAUGAAUAACCACCAGUGGAUUAAUCCAUACGAAAAUCCUUUGAGCACAUUAAAUGAUCUCACGCUGAAUAUAAUGAGCGCAUCGGUGGUCAACACAUCGGACUCUCGCAAACAGCGUCGGAGUCGCACAGCUUUCACGCACAACCAGUUGGCGGCACUCGAGUCCACGUUUAGCCGAACCCAAUACCCGGACGUGUCCACCCGCGAACGGUUAGCCCUAUUGACUCAUUUACCGGAAGCUAGGAUUCAGGUGUGGUUUAAGAAUAGACGCGCGAAGUAUAGGAAGACUAUGAAAGGAAUUGGCGUUCAUUUGAGUGGAGAAAAGUUAGAGAAAAGCGCGGCUCAGGAGUUGGACAAAAGCGAUGACCAGUGCUUUGAUCGCAAAUCCAAUGGAUUAGCAAAGGAUGAGGAAGUGAUUGUUGCGGACGAUAGGCUUCUCAUGAAAGGAGAAGCCAAUGAUAAGUUGAGUGAUAGACGAAAUGCAAGCGAUUCCUCAUAUAAUAUGCCAUCCAUUAUGUGGUCCUCACUCUUGUCAUCGAAGAUAAAUUCCUUAAACAUUCCGCGACAACAG